GGCCUGGUCGUUCUCACCAUGCUAGUACAUGGGAAAGAAGACUUCCUCUCAGACGUAGCUUACAUCAUCCUGGAACUGGUCAUUGCAGUGCUGGCCAUCCUGGGGAACAUCCUGGUUUGCUGGGCAGUCUAUUUGAAUAGUAACUUGCAGAACGUCACCAACUAUUUUGUGGUGUCCCUGGCUGCUGCUGACAUUGCCGUGGGCGUGCUGGCAAUCCCCUUUGCCAUCACCAUCAGCACUGGCUUCUGUGCCUUCUUCUAUGGCUGCCUUUUCAUUGCCUGCUUCGUCCUGGUCUUGACUCAGAGUUCAAUCUUCAGCCUCCUUGCUAUUGCCAUUGACAGAAUCAUUGCGAUCCGCAUACCCCUCAGGUACAAUGGCUUGGUGACCGGCUCUCGAGCUAAAGGUAUCAUUGCCAUCUGCUGGGUAUUAUCUUUCAUCAUCGGCUUGACACCAAUGCUAGGGUGGCACAAUCGCUCCCAAAUCGAAGAGCUGGGUUCCAAUAAGUCCUCUCCCAUCAACUGCAGCAACAGUAUGGUGGCAUGUCUCUUUGAGGCUGUGGUCACCAUGGAGUACAUGGUCUACUACAACUUCUUUGCCUGUGUGCUCUUGCCCCUCCUCCUCAUGUUUGGUAUCUACUUGAAAAUCUUCAUGGCAGCCCGGCGACAGCUCAAGCAGAUGGAGAACAAGAUGGUACAUGGGGAACGUUCUCGCUCCACUUUGCAGAAGGAGGUCCACGCAGCUAAGUCUUUAGCCAUCAUUGUUGGGUUGUUUGCAGUCUGCUGGCUUCCACUACAUAUUAUUAACUGUUUUACCCUUUUUUGCCCGGAUUGUGCCCAUGCUCCCCUCUGGCUGAUGUAUCUGGCUAUUAUCCUGUCUCAUGCCAACUCGGUUGUAAAUCCUCUAAUUUAUGCUUACCGGAUCAGGGAGUUCCGAUACACCUUCCGUAAAAUCAUCAGCCAGCAUAUCCUGGGCCGGAAGGAGCCAUUCAAGGCAGGAACAGCCAGCUCUAGGACUUCCACUCAUGGUGGGGAUGCAGAGAACGCCAGCAUACGAAUCAGUGAGUAUGCAUUAGAGGUAUACACCAAUGGAGAGAUCCACAGGGAUCCUGAAAAGCAGGACUUAAACAAAUGCAAAGCUGGCUUGGAAUGGCACCAGAAUGGAAAUGCUCUGGACGUGGAGACAAAUGGGCAUCUCCCACAUUCCUGCAAAAAUGGGAUUCUCUCAGAUGUGUGCAAGAACAGGGAGCUUCACAGUGAAGAGCUAAUUGAUGCCCCGGUGUAUUACUCAGAUCUGGAAAGAGCAGCCUUUGCAGCAGCUGAUGUUUCCUGAUGAGACUUUCAAAGUC